AUGGCAAGCAAUCACUAUACUGCAGUUGAGAACUUGAAACCUGGAGUUGAUCAGUACAAAAUUAAGGUCCGAGUCAUCCGUUUAUGGAGAGGAGCUACAAAAUCAGGAGAGGAAUUCAAGAGUUUCAAUGUCAUUGUUAUAGACCAGAAGGGACAUAGGAUUCAUGGAUUUGUACCAACUAAAUGCGCUGAGGAAUUUCAAUUUAUACUGUUUGUUGGAAGAGUGUACAGUAUUAAGAACUUUGAUGUCCAAAUUUACAAGCAAACUGAAAAGUUCAGAGUGUUAAGGAAUGCUACUCAGCUGGUGUUUAAUCAAGACACAAUUUGCCAGCAGCUUGCAGAUGAUGGUGUCACAAUACCAGCAAAUUCUUUCGACUUCUACGAUCACAGCCAGCUGGAGGAACUGUCUAAACAAACUACUUACCUAGCAGAUGUGGUGGGAAUCAUUAAGGACUAUGACAAUAUAAGAGAUCUAACAAACAGACAUGGACAGAGUCAAAGUUCAAACAUAAGUGUUACUUUCUGGGAUAAUUUCGGCCAAAACUUUGAUCAGCUGAUGAAAAGUGGUUUGGAGAAGCCAGUUAUUAUCAUCAUUUCAGGAUGCAGGGUUGGGAAAUGGAAUGGUGAGGUAGACAUAUCAAACAACACAGCGACAACUGUAUAUCUCAACUACAAGCACCAUAGUGUAGUGACACUAAGGAAAUUGUUGACAAACCCUGAAUUUGCCAAGAAGGCUUUAGGAAAACCAAAAGUCAAGUCAAUGGCUAUGGCAACAGUGAAAGAACUUGAAAACUUGGGAAAAGAUGACAUUGAGGGAUUUUUCAUGGCACAUGUGAAGAUUACUAAGAUUGAUGAAACUUUUAGCUGGUUUUACAAUGCUUGCACAAGUUGUGACAUGGAGGUCACAGUUGGAAAUCCAUGUCCAAUAUGUGAAGCUUGCAACAGAUACGUUCCGUAUCCCCAGAAAAAGUUUAAAAUUCAUGUUGUUGCUGAGGACCAAACCGGCCAGAUGCCAGUAGUGUUAGGAGACAGAGAAGUGCGUGCAAUAACUGGGAGAAGAGCUUCUGAUUUUGCUGAUCAGAUUUUCAGUGUGCAAGCCUUUCCGGGAUGUGUGCUUGGUAUUACAGAUAAGGAAUACAGUAUAGUGAUCCAGAUUAGGGAGGCAAACGUUUUGAACAAGUUCAAGUAUUACUGGGCUACUAACAUCUGCAGAGGUUUUGUCAAGCUUCCAGCAGAGGCAGACGAAGGUGCUUCCAGUAGUCGUGCACCAACAUCACAGGCAGCCGAAUCAACUGACAAUGAUCAAGGAAUCUCAACUGUGGACUUAAACUCCAGCUUAACAGUUUAA